AUGGCUACAGCCGGUGCAAGCAGAGGUGAUGAAGAAAGUCUUCGAGCCAAAAUAACUGAACAUUUUAUCAGCUGUUCUUUAUGCCUUGAAGAGUACAAAGAGCCGACAUAUUUACCUUGUGGGCAUACAUUUUGUAAAGGUUGUCUGCAGACUUAUAUUUCUGCUUUAACACCAGGAAAAAAAGUUCAAUGUUCCGUAUGUCAGAAAGAAACUAAAGUUCCUAAAGAAGGAGUCGAGGGCUUUACUCACAAUUUCUACAUUGAAAGCCUACAGGACACCGUACUUCAGUCACCACGUCAGAAAAAGUGUAAGUUUUGUGCCUUGUCUUUUGAAAGAGAAACUGUAGCUACUUCAAAAUGCAUCACCUGCCAUGACUACCUGUGUGAGAGGUGUGCCCUGUUACACUGUGGUACCAGCCACACAAAAGACCAUAAAGUGCUCACUUUCCAACAGCUACAGAACAAAGAUUACCAAAAACAUAUCCAAAAGCAUCAAAAGAUUUUCUGCCCAGAACACAAAAAUGAGAGCAUAAGAUAUUAUUGUUCAGGAUGCAAUGUGCCCAUUUGUCGUGACUGCAGAGAUCUACACCAUGAUGGUCACAAACUUAUCUCUCUUGAAAAAGCUGCAGAGAUUGUCAAACCAAUACUUAAGACCAAAUCUCUUGGCAUGCAGAGAAAAUUUGCAACUGGUAAGAGAAAGUUGGUAAAAAUUUCUAAAACCCUGGCAACCCUCCAAGAAAAUGAAAGCUCUGUUCAGCAGCAGAUAAAAGCUCGUGCAGCUCAUCUGCGACACUUGGUAAAUCAACAAGAGAAAAUCUUACUACAAGACCUUCAUAAAACCACCAGUGCUCACAGAAAUGAUUUACAAAUUUCCUACGAGAAGUGCAGUACCACUUGCAACUCUAUCAAAUACACAACAGAUGUAGUAAAGAUGAUCCUUCAGAAUGGGAAUCCCAUAAAUGUCAUCAUGUUACAACACCAACUUGGACAGAAACUCGAUGAGCUACAGUCCACUUCAGCUGUGGAGGGAAUUCCUGAAGAAAUAAAUCUCACACUAACCACCAACACAGAAGUGGACCAAGAGAUAUCCAGUGGGGCUGGCCUUGGGAAUGUGCAGAUACAUGUAUCUGGACGACCAGCUAAGCCCGAUUUCAAACAACACCUUGAAUGUUUGGUGGAUUGUUUGCUGGAGUUUGGCGCUGGCUUGUAAUAACCGGCCCGUUCGGUUAUUCAAGUUCUUGAAUUUCUUUUUCACCAAAACACAACUGAGACAGGCAGGUAUAGGUUCCUGCUACAUGAUUUAUUCAACCGACUGAAGAACUCGGGUAUCUGUUCUCUCUCACUACAUCCAUCUAUAAGUCUCCUAUAAAUCUCCAGCACUCUCUGUCUAUCUCCCUCCCCUCUGUGGCUCGGUUGCUGCUUUUAUACUAUAUCUUGAUUUACUUUUUAAAUGAGCUUCCAUAACUGACAUGCAACAUGCCCUGCCUAUAUACAUUUGAAUAAUUAAAACUAAAACAAAUAUGCAUAUCUCAUGUAAGCAAAUUUAGAAGACUAUCAAUACUAUGAGUGGUUCACUAC